ACAUAAUAAUAAUUCGUUAGAAAGAGCGCUAUAACUGUAGAAAUAUUCACUUUACAUGUAAAAGUUAUGCAUAUUUCUCCGUUCUUUAACAUAGAUCAUUUCUUUAAGUAAUUACUGUGCUCAGAAUAAAGCUGAAGUCAAUUUAAUUUGAUAUUACAUUUAUUGGGUCUAUCUCUGUUAGUUUUCAAGAUAAAAGGCGGUGGCCACUUGUACGAAGACACCCUGUAUACAUUUUUGAAUAUUUUCGUUGAAUAAUGUAAUGUCCGCACGGACUGAUCAAGAGGCGCGAUCGCGUCUCGCGAUAUUUUUUUUCAUCAUCAUCAUAUUCUUCAUCAUAUCAGCGAGAGAGACCAGCCUCUUUUACGCGAGUCAGCGAGUUCAACCUAACGAGAUUAUUCAGAUCUCAGUAACGGCUGAACCGAUCAAGUUCUGAGUAGUCUCAAUCGAUAGCUUGGGGAAAAUUGCAUAAUAAAAGUGUUUUUAUUUUUUCUCUCCGUGCCGUACGUGCGGAUAUAUUGCGACGCAAAGUCCAAAUCUUGACGUUUUAGAUGUAAGAAACGUUGUCGUCGUCAACGACCAUCAAAUCUUGUCCAGUACAUCUUUUCGACACGAGUACCGAGUGGCGCUCGUUAUUAGCCGUUCUAUCAUCACGUGGGGCAACAUGUGACCGUUCCCAUGAGCAUCAUGGCCGUAUACAAUGUGUAUACAUGUAGUUGAUAGCUUAAGGUGACAGGUUUCCUAACCUAUCGCGUGGACAACCGUGCAUGCUCGUGUCUCUCUCUCGUUUCGUUUCGCUACUUUCGCGAAAAGCGCGGUGCGUGAGCUACAGUCGUUAGUGCCGGUCGAUGGUACGUCCUCGUGAUCUCUCGACGAGGACAGCACACUUCGAGGACGCCUUCGAGAACAGCACGUGGUGUGUUAGUGGUGGAUGGAAGUGGUGGUCGACGACGGCGGCGGCGAUUCAAAUGUUGACGACGAGGUGAUACCCGAGAUCUCGUGAAGGGGUCUUCGUCAUUGUCCUACGUCCUCGAAGAGGACGUUCAUCAAUAUCGAAGAUGAGUUACACAUCAACAAUUGAUUAUUAUUAACAUUGUUGCUUGCUUUAGUUCUCGUAUAUGUUGUAAAAAAUUUUGUAAGAGAGAGAGAGAGAGAGAAAGAGAGUUUUAUUAUUUAUUAUUUUAUUAUCUCUCAAAGGAUUACGCUAAAAUUGCCUCGAUUCAUUAAACAUUACAUUUUAUAAAGUUUGCAAUCUGAUAUUUAAAUAUUAUUAUUUAUUACACACUUCAAUGCGCUUUGAUCACUUAUGACAUGUAAGUAAAAUCUUUAAUUAAGAGAUUUAGCAAUAAAAGGAAGGUAGUCGACUCAGCAUUUCAUGAUUAAAAACAUAAUAAUCGACUACCUUUCUUUUAUUGCUAAUGCUGUUAAUUGAAAUUUUAACCUAUAUGUGCUAAAAGUGAAAUCACUGAGAUGAGAUUGAAAACUCAGUGAAAUGUAAUGUUUAAUGAAAAAUCAUUGCUUCAACGAUGAGUAUCUGUUCUUUUCUGUUUUUGCAGUGAUGUUGCGUUUAAUGUUUAUAUCUAUUGCACCGCAAUUCAGUCCCAACACCCCAGCAGUAUUCUUCACGCAGAGUUUAUUGAUUAUUGCUGAAAAUCAUUUUGGAUUGAUUUAUGAUGAGCAUUCAUUGAAUAUUACAACUCAACGGGCCAAAAGUGUGAUUCACGAUUUCAAUAUUAGGAUUAGGAAUUGCAACGACACUGGAACUUGAAGCCCACACUACCUUCUCAUUCCCAUAAGAUAUAGAGUAUCUUUUCGUAAUAACUAGCGAGAUAAUUAUAUAAUUAUAAUUCGAUAUACUUACUGCAUACUACAAAUAUCUCUUUACAAAUAAAAGAGAUAAUUGUAUUGUAGAUAAAAUGUUAAUAAUUACAUUCGUUUUUUACAGAUAUCGGAUCGGAAACAACAUGAUUAACGAGGAUGUCAUGCUAAAGACGGUGGUAGAGGCUGCCAGGGAGUUAAAUGGGGAACCUCUGCCACCGCCACCACCACCCGUACUGCCGAUCCCGACUCCGUCGCAGGCACCGCCUGCCCCUGCCCCGUCUCAGCCAUCGCCUGCCUCUGCCCCGUCAAAGGUUCAACCACCAGUCGCCGCCAGUUCUGGUCCAGGCGCCGCCGCCAGUUCCGGUCCAGGCGCCGCCGCCAGUUUCGGUCCAGGUACCGCCCGCGCCAGUUCCGGUCCAGGUCCAGGUACCGCCCGCGCCAGUCCCGGCGCAGGCACUGCCCCCCCCCCCCGUCAUUGCCGUCCGAACCAUCGUUGCAACCGGCGUUAGCCGCAACCGGAGAGGGAAAAAAAGCUCGAUGGGAAAGAGCGGGCCGACGCCGAGGAAGAGGAAGAGGAAGGUGGCAGUGGGGUGGAGGACGAGGAAGAGGAAGGUGGCAGUGGGGUGGAGGACGAGGAAGAGGGCGUGGAUACCGAGGAAGAGGAGGUGGUAGAGGAGGAGGAGGAGGACAGCAAAAUUUUACUUUUUAUUGUUGCUAACUAAAUUUGAUUUUAAAUGUUAACUAUAAUAACCUUUUGAUAAAAUUGUUGCUAACCAAAUAU